AUGUCCUGUGGAAAACAAGAUGUGAUUAUCAUUGGUGCGGGCUUGUCUGGUCUAUCAGCUGCCAAGCUGCUGAUAGAGGAAGGUAUGAAAGUACUGGUCUUAGAAGCAAGAGAUCGCGUUGGAGGAAGAACAUACACUGUUCGAGGUCCAGAGUUCCAGUAUGCUGACUUGGGGGGAGCAUAUGUUGGACCCACUCAAAAUCGGAUUUUGCGACUAGCCAAGGAGCUGGGUAUAAAGACGUACAAAGUAAACGAGAAAGAGAAACUUAUUCACUUUGUUCAGGGAAAAUCUUAUGUGUUUAAUGGAGCAUUUCCCCCUGUGUGGAACCCAAUUGCUUACAUGGACUACAACAACUUCUGGAGAACUCUGGAUGAAAUGGGAAAUGAGAUUCCUGCAGAUGCACCGUGGAGUUGUCAACGUGCAGUGGAGUGGGAUAACAUGACGAUGAAAGAGUUAAUUGAUAAACUUUGCUGGACCAGUGUGGCGAGAGAAUUUGCAAAACUCUUCGUAAAUGUGAAUGUUACUUCAGAGCCUCAUGAAGUCUCUGCCCUUUGGUUCUUGUGGUAUGUGAAACAAUGUGGAGGGACAAGGCGAAUAUUUUCCACCACCAACGGAGGCCAGGAAAGGAAAUUUAUUGGUGGUUCAGGACAAAUAAGUGACCUUUUAGCUGAAAGAAUGAAGGAUAGUGUGAAAUUGUGCAGGCCAGUGGUGGGAGUGGAUCAAGCCGCCGGAUCUGUCCAGGUGCAGACCUUGAAUGGAGAGAGGUACAAGGCAGAUUAUGUCAUCAGUGCUAUUCCACCAGCUCUCACCCAGCAAAUCCACUACAGUCCUCCAGUGCCUCCGCUGCGAAACCAAUUGAUCCAGCGUGUGCCAAUGGGCUCUACCAUUAAAUGUAUGGUUUACUACAGCCGGCCUUUCUGGAGGGAGAAAGGUUUCUGUGGAACCAUGAUGAUUGAAGAUGAGGAGUCACCUAUUUCCUUGACACUGGAUGACACCAAGCCUGAUGGUUCACACCCUGCAAUUAUGGGAUUUAUACUGGCACGAAAGGCUCGAUUCUUGCUGAAUCUCACCAAAGCAGAGAGGAAGAAAAAAAUUUGCCAGAUUUAUGCACAAGUCCUGGGGACAGAUGAAGCCCUACACGCUGUUCAUUAUGAAGAAAAGGACUGGUGUGCAGAACAGUAUUCAGGUGGCUGCUAUACUGCAUACUUCCCUCCUGGAACAUUUGUUCAAUUUGGCAGAGUUCUGCGAGAACCUUUUGGGAGACUCUACUUUGCUGGCACUGAAACAGCUACCAAGUGGAGUGGUUACAUGGAUGGAGCAGUACAGGCUGGGGAACGUGCUGCCAGAGAGGUGAUGUGCGCAAUGGGAAUCAUUCCAAAGGCUGCAAUUUGGACUCCUGAGCCUGAAAUUCAAGAAGUUCCAAGUCAACCAUUCACCACGACUCUGUGGAUGCGACACUUACCCUCCGUGCCAGUAUUCUUGCAGCUGCUCGGCUUUUCCACUUGCCUGACCGUAGUUAUUGUGGUCAUAGCCAGAAAAAUGUGUUUGCAUAGAGGGUAACUGGAUUUGAGUCAACAUGUCAUCAAUAGCAGGACGGCUAAGCUGACUAUUGAAUGGAAACUUCCAAUGGAGAUGGUGACCUGUCCUGCAAAUCCAUCCACAGUGUGCAGUUUUGUGUGAAUACUGAUGACGUCUGCCACCAUUUUCAACACUACCUCUCCACAUCAGACCUCCUUUGAUGUUGGGUGUUU